AUGACCGAGCGCCGACGAAGCACCCGCGCUGCUGCUUUAAAAGCUACCGAAGCCCUGAGUACUCCCAAAAGAACCCCUCGUCGACAAACGAAGCUCAAGGAUUCUAUCAAAGAAGAAGGUCAGGUCACUGAAACACUCAAAGAGAUCCCAAUACGACGAACGGUCAAGCAAACUAUUGCUCCGCCGGUUUUCGAAGAACAUGUGGAGAAGCAAACUCCAGCUGACCUCAAAACACCGAUUUCUUUGCAGGAGAGAUCCGCUCGUAAAUCACCUGUUCUACUGGAAACACAGCAAGUAAAGACCCCAACCGCGAUCAAAACUCCAAUCACGGUGGAGAAGGCUGUUCUCAAGACGCCAACUCGAGCCUCCCCAAUUGCUAUUGAAAAACUCAAACCGAAAACUCCUGUUGCGAUGGAAAUUGAGGACGAGAAAGAAAACCUUCCUAUCCCGCAGCCAACGAAGACAGAAGUUAUGUAUCGAGAGCCACCCGUUAUCGCCGAAGAUUCAUCUUCUGAGAGUUCGGACUCCGACUCUGAGCCUAUCUUUUCGACUUCUGACUCGGAUGACAUUCCGACUGUCUUUGUCAAAAGCGAAAAAGAAGCGAAGCAUCUCAGGCUUUUGCUGACUCAACCCGCUGGUCUUAUGCGACAGCCGGCGAAGCCAUCAAUCAGCAAGGUCAAUGCGACCGAGAACGACCCUGAAUAUAUAAAUCCAGGCACUACUUCGGGAAUGGUGAGAGAAGUUCGUCUUCCCGAUACAGAGGAGUACUCCAACAUCAUGACUCUCAGCGACUGUAUGGGCAACAUCAACAUCAACGCUGAAGAGCAAGCUGAAAUUGAGCGACAGGAAGCGAAAGAACGAUUCGAAAAGAAGAAAAAGAACGACGCUCGAUUUCGCACCUCUUUUCCUACAAUAAGUGAUCACCGCCCCUUAUUUUAUAUUCUGACCAGUUUCCUUUCAUUUAAAAUUGGAGAAUAA